AAGAGCAAGAAUAGAAAAUGGUGGGUUCAGAUCAACUAUAAAUAGUUCCAAGGUUUAGCAUUCUUCCAUCUUUCACUGCAAUUCCUCUAUUUUCUUUUCUACCAAACAAAACCGUGCUUGUCAAAUAUGGCUUCUACUUCAUCUUUAGCCUUCUCCUGUAAAACUAGCUAUGAUGUUUUCCUUAGCUUUAGGGGAAUUGAAACUCGUCACAAUUUUACUAGUCACCUUCAUGCUGCCCUUUGCCGGAAAAAUAUUACAACAUUCAUAGACGAUAUCCUUGAGAGAGGAGAAGGGAUCUCGCCAGCGCUCAUGAAAGCGAUUGAAGAAUCCAAGAUUUCUGUAGUAAUUUUCUCAGAAAAUUAUGCAUCCUCUCGGUGGUGCCUAGAUGAACUAGUGAAGAUAAUUGACUGCGAGAAAAAAUUAGGGCGAAAGGUUUUACCCAUUUUCUACCGUGUAAAUCCUUCCGAUGUUAGAAAACAGACUGGGAAAUUUGGAGAAGCAUUUGGGAAAGUCAAAGAAAAUUCAAAGCACAGCUUAGACGUUGUGGAGAAGUGGCGCACUGCGUUGAUGGAAGCAGGCAAUCUAUCUGGAUGGGUUUCCAGUGACUACAGGCAUGAAUCCCAACUAUGUGAAGAAGUCGCUGACAGCAUUCUGGAGAAAUUGUUUUCCAGAUCGUAUGCUGAUUCUAUGGGCUUAGUUGGGAUUGAUUCACAUGUUGAUAAAAUUAUGUCAUUGUUAUGUAUUGAGCCAACAAACAUUCGGGUAAUAGGAAUUUGGGGAAUGGGUGGUAUUGGAAAGACCACCAUAGCUGAAAUUCUAUUUAGUCGAAUAUGUAAUCAAUUUGAUUGCUUUUGCUUUCUUCGCAAUGUUAGGGAAAAAUCAGAAAAAUAUGGGCUAGUUGAUUUAAGAAAAAGCUUUUUUUCGGAACUCUUGGGGAUUGAAAUUAGAAAUAUAGAAAUGCUCAGUGUGGUACCCACUUUCAUUAAGGAUUCACUUAAUAGGAAGAAAGUUCUUGCUGUUCUUGAUGAUGUUAAUGAUCCAGAGCAACUAGAAGCUUUAGCUAUAAAUGAUGAUGAUUGUUUUGGGCUGGGAAGUAGAAUCAUUUUAGUAAGUAGAGACAAACAAGUCCUUAGCAGUGCUGAAGAAGUAUAUGAGGUUAAGGGAAUGAAUUAUGGUGAUGCUCGUCAGCUGUUAAGUAUGAAAGCCUUCAAACAAAAGCAUCCUCCGGUGGAAUACAUGGAGUUGUGUGAAAGGGUACAAACUUAUUGUAAAGGUGUUCCGUUAGCUCUCAAAGUUUUGGGUUCCUAUUUGUGCAAAAAGACUCCUGAAGAAUGGGAAAGUGCAUUGACUAAACUGAAGAGAUUUCCUGACUGCAAGAUUACGAAAGUCUUAGAAAUAAGUUAUAAUGAUUUAGAUGAAAUGGAGAAGAAAAUAUUUUUAUAUAUUGCUUGUUUCUUCAAUAGAGAUCACAAAAGCAUGGUAGAAGAUAUACUUGGUUGUGAUUUUCAUACACAUUGGGGAAUAAUUCGUCUAAUGGAUAGGUGUCUCGUAACUAUUGUGGAUGACAUGUUAGAGAUGCACGAUCUGAUAGCGGAAAUGGGUCAAGAUAUUGCUCGGCGGAAGGGUAUCAUAUUAUGCAAUUCUAAUGACAUCUGUGAUAUGUUGACCUCAACUAAUAAUAAGGCAAAUAAAGUUGAAGGCCUACUUUUGAACGUGUCUGAAAUUGGAAGGCUAGAUUUGAAUGAUUCAUUCUUCUCACGGAUGCCCAACUUGAGAUUGCUCAAAUUUUACAGGGAUUGCUCAAAUUUUACCAAAUUCAGAUUUGAAUCAAAUUUAACGGGGAUUGCUCCAAGUCUUCCUUACAAGUUGAGAUUACUUCAUUGGGAGGAAUUCCCUUUCAAGUCUUUGCCAUUAAAUUUUUCCAUGGAAAACCUUGUCCACCUCAUCAUGCCACGUAGCGAAGUUGAAGAGCUCUGGAAUGGAUCUACGUGUUUGCCAAACUUAAAAUCUCUUGAUCUUCAUUGGUCAAAGCAUCUGAAAAUAGUCCCUGAUUUUUCUAUGAUGACAAAGCUCGAAAAGAUAAAUUUUGGUGGUUGUAAGAGUUUGAUUGAGAUUCCAUCAUCCAUUCAGUGCCUGAAAAGACUCGAUUCUCUUUAUCUAACUUGUUGCAAAAAGUUGAGAAGUCUUCCACAAAUGCCGAGAGGCAUAAAAUUUUUAAAUUUCUCUAAAUCUGGAGUGGAAGAGUGGUCUCCGUCAUCUAUCCAAUUUCUUGACAAUCUUUCGAUCUUAAAUAUUUCCUUUUGCAAAAAUCUUAGAAGUCUUCCAAGAAUUAUAUAUUGCAAUACUUUUAUAAGACUUGAUAUCAGUUUCUGCCCAAAUCUCAUCAUGUCUCCGCAGAUUAUGGAAAGUUCAGAAGUAUUGCCCUCAUCAAAUAAUGGUAUUGUUGAGUUAGAUUUGAGAGGAUGUAAAAUGCUCAACAGUCUCCCAAACAGCAUUAGUGAAUGGAAAUGUCUUGAGACUCUAGAUCUCGUUGGCUGUUCAAAUCUUGAGAAAUUGCCUCCUUUAUAUGGUUUAUGCUCCUUGAAGAAGCUAUAUCUAGAUGGCACUGCACUUGUAGAAAUUCCUCCUGACAUUGGUUCUUUGUCAUCAUUAGAAUUACUGUCUCUAAGUGAUAAUCCAAUGGAAGAAUUGCUGUCAUCAAUUGGUCGUCUCUCUUCACUUGUUAGUUUGGAUUUGCGGAGAUGUAAAAAUCUUAAGAGUCUCCCAAGCAGCAUUUGUGAAUUGAAAUGUCUUGAGACUCUAGAUCUCUGGGGCUGUUCAAAUCUAGAGAAAUUGCCUCCUUUAUAUGGUUUAUGCUCCUUAAAGAAGCUAUAUCUAGAUGGCACUGCACUUGUAGAAAUUCCUCCUGACAUUGAUUCUUUGUCAUCAUUAGAAUUACUGUCUCUAAGUGAUACUCCAAUGAAAGAAUUGCCGUCAUUAAUUGGUCGUCUCUCUUCCCUUGUUAGUUUGUAUUUGCAGAGAUGUAAAAAGCUUAAUAGUCUCCCAAACAGCAUUCGUAAAUUGAAAUGUCUUGAGACUCUACAUCUCAGGGGCUGUUCAAAUCUAGAGAAAUUGCCUCCUUUAUGUGGUUUAUGCUCUUUACGAGAUCUAUAUCUAGAUGGCACUGCACUCGUAAAAAUGCCCCUUGACAUUUUCUGUUUAUCAUCAUUGGAAGUAUUGUUUCUAAAUGAUACUCCAAUAGAAGAAUUGCCAUCAUCAAUUAGUUAUGAAUUGAUUUGUAAUUGCGUAAAUGCGCGUGGCACCAUUAUGGCAGAUGCUAUCCAGGGAAUUAAAGCUAGAAGUUAUCCUCGUUUUUUGGUUGGUUUACUCGGAAGCAAAAUUCCUGAGUGGUUGAGUGGUGAAGGCCCAGGAUCUAUAAAAACUUCGUUCCCUCCUGGUUGCUUCAAUAAUAUGUUCCUGGGUUUUGUUUUUUGUGCUAUUCUAGAAUUGAAGGCUCCUUUUGUUCAUGUGGGUAAUUUACACUUAACAUGUCGAAGCAGUUUCAAAAACAAUAAUGGCUGCAGAGGCGCCAGAUUUACAAGUGAAUAUUUCUGUUUGGAAAAUACCAUAGAAUCAGAUCAUGUGAUCUUUUGGUACGAUGGCCAUGGCAUUUCAUGGCCAUCCUCUUUAGAUUGGCUCAAACAAAAUUGUGACAUGGAGAACGAGGCAUCAUUCUACCUCAACCUUGAGAAAGGGUAUAUGAGAUACUUGGAAGUGAAAAGGUUUGGGUUCCACUUGUUAUAUGACAAAGUUGAGCUAAACAAAUGCAAUCCUUACAUAUGCAGAGAAGCCAAUUUUCUGGAGCAAUUAGAAGAAACAGCAAAUGCCAACAAUAAGAGAAGCAGGGAAGACUUCUACUCCAGUAAUAUCAAUGGCAAUCAGGAGGUGGAAACACACCCUAAAAGAUUGAGGCCAAACUUCUUUAUGGAAGUUUUCAAAUGCUCAGGAUGGGAUUAA